GCCGUGCUCUUCAUCUCCAUCAGCAUCAGCUCCAGACAUUUACAUCGAGCCGCCAUGAGGUCCCCUCACAUCCUGCUGCUGUGUGUCCUGGGAGCUGCCCUGCUCUCCUCAGUGCUCUGCAACAAUGCACUGGGUCCCGUCGCCUGCUGCUUUAAAUUAAAAAAUUACGAAGACCCACCACUGAAGAGAGCUAGAAUCAGCUCCUAUCAGAGGACUGAUCCGAACUGUCCAAAGAAGGGCGUUGUUUUUACGACAAAGAACAAGUCUGUAAUCUGUGUGCAUGCAAACCUCGAGUGGGUUCAGGACAUCAUGAACAAAUUGGAUGAAGAAUCCUUGUAAACCAGCUGCCCGUCUGCAAAAAUCAACAAAAAAAAAGAAGUUACUCCUUUGUCUGUUGCUGCAUCAAAUCAAAUUCUGUGACAUGAUUUCACUGUCAAAGUGCAAACCCGCCAUGACUGAUCCUAGCUUCUGUUUGCUCACUGUCUUUUAUGUCAGUA